GAGUGUGCCUGGAAGACAGGCUCUGUUGCCAGUAAGCUGGGCUGGCAGCCCUUGGUGGGAAGGAGCUCUCUGCUGCUCAACAUGAGCUCUGGGGGCUGAAGUGACCCCUCCAGCUGUGGGCUGGAGAAGAGGCCAUGGAAGGGGAGCUGUGCCCGGAAAGCCCAGCCCCCCAGCAAGGUGACCGGGCUCCCUGCCCCCACAGCCCAGCCGCAGCCCAGCCAACCCUCCCCCCCUUCGAGGCUGCCCAAGGAGUGGCCACCGGACCCCCUGCUCCGGACCCCAGACUGGACCCUCCACCUGCUGUGGCUCCUGGGAACUCAACCGCCACCUUCAAGGCCUCGUGGGGCAUGGGCCAGAGGAGAGCGGCCCUCGUCUUCUGCCUGCUGGCCCUCAUCGUGCUGCUGCUGGCCCUCAUCCUGCUGUUCCUGUUCUGGAGGUCCGGCACCGGCAUCGUGUACAAGGAGCCCGAGGAGAGCUGCAGCGACCGCCCGGUGCGGUGCGACGGCAUCGACGACUGUUCGCAGCGGAGCGACGAGCUGGACUGCGUGCGCUUCGGCUGGAACCGGUCCCUGCUCCACGUCUACUCCGGCGCAGAAAAGCAGUGGCUGCCGGUGUGCAGCAGCAACUGGACUGAGGGCCUCUCUCGGAAGACCUGCCGGCAGUUGGGCUUUCUGAACACCUCCCAGACGGAGUACGUGCCUCUGCCCUCCUCUGGGAAAAGCCUCGUGGUUUCGGGGGUGCACAGAACCAUCCAGCAGAGUCUCAACAGCUCCCGAUGCCACACUGGCGAGUACGUUGCCCUCCGAUGCCCUCGAUGUGGUCAAAGGAUGUCUGGCCGCAUCGUUGGAGGCACCGAAUCAUCGGCCAGCAAAUGGCCCUGGCAAGUCAGCCUCCAGUAUGGAUCGACCCACAUUUGUGGAGGCACCAUUAUCGAUCCCUUGUGGGUACUCACAGCUGCCCAUUGUUUCUUCAUGAACAACCAGAAGGUCCUGGAGGAGUGGAAGGUGUACGCUGGGGCCUCUGACCUGAGCCACCUGCCUGAGGCCAUCCCAGUCUCACAAGUCAUCAUCAACGCCAACUACAGCAACGACCACGACGACUACGACAUUGCCCUCAUGAAGCUGGGGAGGCCCCUCUCCCUCUCAGCUCAGGUCCGCCCCGCCUGCCUGCCCAUGUCUGGCCAGAAGUUCCUUCCUGGGCGGACGUGUUCAAUCACUGGCUUUGGGAAGACGAGCGAAAGUGAUGAGAACACCUCCCCAAAGCUGCGGGAAGCAGAGGUGAAAAUCAUCGACUACAAGCUCUGCAACAGCCAGAACGUCUACGAGGGCUCCCUGACGCCACGGAUGAUGUGUGCAGGGUACUUGCAAGGCGGGCGAGACUCCUGCCAGGGGGACAGUGGCGGUCCUCUGGUCUGCCAGGACAGUAGCCGUUGGUAUGUGGCCGGAGUCACCAGCUGGGGGACAGGCUGUGGCCAGAGGAACAAGCCAGGGGUCUACACUCAGAUCACCCAGCUGCUCAGCUGGAUCCACAGCAAAAUGGAGAGCCAGAACAACUGACGAGAGGACGGCCACCCCCGCUCUGCUCCCGUGGAAAGGCGGUCAUGCCGCUGGGCCUGCUGCCGCUUCCUGCCCUGGGUCAAUGAGGGUGCCACCCUGGCAGAGACCAGCUCUGCAGCCCCGAGCGGCCCACUGGCACGUGGGAACUGCUCUAGUCACCGGCUUCACAUGGCUGGGCGGUGCCUCUGGAGAGCGAGCCCAGAGCUGAGCAUUUGGGGCAGACGUUCCAGGGGGAGGCAGAAGCGCCUUGUCCUUGGCAGAGAAGCGGCGUCCUCCUUGGACCAGACUGUGCUGGCAGAAGGGGGACAGGAACGCCUCUCCCUUCCAGGCACCCUUAGUGUGCAGCUGCAGCAGGAACGGAGGCCGCUUUGGAAAGCAAGAGCCAGAUUCAAGCUCCAAGGCCAGCGGCCACAGCUCCUUUGGGCUGGUGGGGCUCUCCGGCAGCCCUCCGGGUGAUCCAAGGGCAGAGGCGGAGAGACACAGCCCUGUUAGCAUCUCUCUGUGCCCCACCUAAGGACCUGGGGCGCUUUGCAUCUGUAGCCGGACAUGGGCCAAGAACGGGCUUCAGAAGGAGCUGAAAUGUAGCCCCCCUCCCUGGGAAGGCUCCCUUCCCCCUUCAUCCUGUUCUGCUCAGCCUCGGAGAAGCAGCCCAUUGAAGCCACCCGAGCAGGUUCCCCUGGGGCCCUCCUGCGUGCAAAAAGAGGCAUCCUCAAUGGAGCCGCAGCCUCUCCCCUCAUAUAGGGAAAGCGCCUGCCUGAGACUAUCCCGAGGAGGCAGUCCUGACCCUGCGAGGCCAGCGGGGGCCUGGGUCGGUAGGAGGCAGCUUCUGACACGCCUCAUAGCCUCUUCAGGUGGGGAGGCCUCCCUCUGCUUGCCUUUGCAUAAGGCAGUGUUCUCCUGCCCCUGUAACUACCCGGGCACUCCUGCGCUGCUAUGCACAGUUGCCUAGCUGGCGAUGCCAGUGAUGGAUCUUCGGUGCCAAAUAAAUUCCAGGGGCACCUUUCAGCGGAAAUGGACAGUGAGUAUUACGUGGCUGCCACAAAACCGGAGGACAGAAAUGCUGGCGCAAAACCCUUUGCUGCGCGAUGGCCCAGCAGGCCAGUGCCAGAGCCCGUCAAGGAUCCCAAAGACUGCAGAACCCACCACUGCCGAGAGCACGUCUGCCAGUGCUUAUUGCUCCUGCAAAUACAGUUUAACGUGAACCGAA